AUGGAGCUGGAUAGACUUAUCGAAGCAGUCUACAUAAACGACGUCAUUAUGAGAGAAAUCGUUGGAAAUGUGGAGAGCUUCAAAGACCGAAACUCGCUGGAACUGGUAUCAAAGAGGCUGAGAGCUGUGUGUUUGAAAACGCCGAUCACGAGACAACAAAAGUAUAAAAUUCAUCUGAUGCAGUAUCUUGACGUAUGUGAUUUUUUAAAUAAUAAAUAUCACAAUCUCCAGCCCUUGUUUGCAGGUCGGGCCGAGAAGAGGCAUCCACUCGCGUCCUUGGAUGAAGUUUACUGUCCAUGACUGCUCCGAGAAAGAGAACUUACUUGUUCGCUACUACUGCAGACGCACUUUUAAGACAGAAGCUGGUUCGUUAGAUCAGGAAGAAAUCAAACGGCAGAACCAAUUUGCAGAUAUCUUUUUCGCUGGCGUUCGUAAGCGGCUUCUGAAGAAGGUGUGCGAGUUUGAGUUGAGCGACCGACUGAUUGACGAGCUGACUCUUGAACACAUUCGCCAGUUUCCGAAUUUGAAACAAUUCAUCUUUCGGAACUCGUCAUACUUCUUCCCAUCCUUUACCAUUCCUUCCCGUAAGUUCUAUCAUAAUAGGUCUUUGGAAGGUUUCAGAAUCCAUUUUAGAAGAAGUGCUCGUGGGCAGUACUUCACUCGAUAACCGUAUCGAGUCACUGACGAUUGCCAUGGAGCGACACAUAUGUUUUGCUGAAGAGAUCAGGCAGAUCACGUCUUUGAUCGGACCGAGACUGAAGCACUUUCGCUGCAUCGUGCCGGGAUUGUCGCCUCCGUACUCAUGUUUAAUGGCACAAAUAAUGGAGCUUAUGAUACGUGAUGGUGUGAGGUUAGACACGUGCCAACUCGUUUUUCGGGUCGGUCAAAUUGACGAAGGUCCCGUGUUCGAUUUCACCGACUUUAUGGUCGCCAGAUCGGAAGUGAUGCACGUGUCGUUAUGGAAAGAAGAAGGAGCCGUUCUAACAAAUCACUCAAAAAUCAAGCCGACAUUGAACAUCCACAUCCGCAACGACAGCGACGUGUUCCUGAAGCACCUCAUCGACAGGAGCACUGCUCUUUUCCUGAAGGCGGAAGUGAUUCGGGUGACAAAUAUGAAUGACGAGAACCUCUCGAGAUUGGCAGACGUCCUGCCGAAGUGUCAUUCCCUAAAAGAGCUACACAUUACGUUAGUUUCAAACCAAGCUGAUUAAAAUCCAAAAUUUCCAUUCCCAUUUCAGAGAUACUCUUCAACAACACGUGGAACCGAUGGAACGGCUGCUCUCCUCUCUUCCCUCAACACUCAGAAGCCUCUCUCUGAUCGAAUGCAAACUGUCGCCUUCUUGCAUUGAUCUCAUCGUUUUGCGUCUCUCUGGAUCUCUCGAAAAGCUUCUGAUUGUUCGCAAUCACUCCUGCAACACUGUUCAGAAUUUUGGAAGGCUGUUGAGCGGUCUGCCCGAACUGAAGAGCCUUGAAAUCGACAUGCUCAUCCCUCGGCCGCUGUUCAAAGCGAUUGUGGCGCAUCCGAAACUGGAAGAGUUCACGGGAAACUGGGAUAAGCGCACUUCUGACAAACAUUUCCGAAUUGUAAGGAAACACGUGGGUGGUAAAAGAAGAAAUUACUUGAGUAUUUCAGUUCGAAUCGCGGUUUGACAAAGCGGAAGUCGUGAAAACGAAAGUUCGAGGACCACAACUCGUGCUCAAGAAUUUUAGAAAACACUAA